AUGGCAUCAUCGACCAUAUGUACAUAUAACAAAGAUCAAAUUUUAGAGAUGAUCAAUAAUAAAAGCUCAUCUAUUACGCUUCGUAAACCAAAACAUGCCAAAAGUGUAAAAUGGGGCAAUUAUCUUCAAAUAUUUGUUAAUGAUUCUCCUCAAUACUUUAUAUCAUGUAUAAAAUGUCAUUGUGUUUUGGCAUGGAAAUCAAAUGAUGGUACUAAUGUAAUGGACAAACAUGACAAAGCAUGUAAACAACACCCAUUAUCGUCAUCAACACAACAAUCAAUCGAAUCAUUUUAUUUACCAAAUGAUAAAUUUAAAAAACAAUUAAUUAAUUCUACAAAACGUAAAUUAACGAAUGUUCUUGCUGAAUGUUGUGCUGUAGAUAGUUUACCAUUUAGUGUAUUUCAUGGUGAUGGUUUUAAAGAAUUAGGUAAUAAUUUACUUAAAGCUGGUCGUCAAUUAGGUACAACAGUUUCGAUUGAAGAAGUUAUACUUGAUCCAACAACGAUUAGUAGAGAAAUUGAUAAAAUCUACAAUGCUCGUAAAGAACAAUUAAUUUCAUAUUUGUCAACUCUUGAUCAUUUUGUAAUAACCGUCGAUUUUUGGACGGAGUAUCAAACAAAAAUCAGUUAUGGUGGUGUUACAUUACAUAUAUAUUCAGAAGAAUAUGGUCUUUUAGUAUUUGUAUUAGCUUGUAAACCAUUUGAUUUACCAUCUCAAACUGCUGAUAAUGUUCGAUUAUUUACUGAUUCAAUACUUGAAUCAUACAAUUUACCAUUGGAUCGUGUAAAGUAUGUUGUAUGUGACAAUGAAAACAAGAUGCGUGCAUCUUUUCGAUAUGAUAUCAAUCGAAUAGGCUGUUCAGCUCAUUUCAUUAAUAAAAUCAUUGAACAUUCACUUUGUAUACCUAAUCCUGAUUGUGAAGAUAUUCAACGAUUAUUUAAUAACAUACAUGAUCUUGUAGUUUAUUUAAGAUCCUCACAUAAUCAAUGUAAAUUAUCUGUCAAACUUCAGCUUUUCUGCAAAAUUAAGUGGAACAGUGCAUAUACUAUGCUCUCUAGUUUUAUCAAUGUGUAUCCUGAAUUAAAUAUGGUUAUUAAUGAUAAAGCUAAAAAAUCAACUUUUGCACAAAUCGAUUUUGAUGAAUUAAUUUCUUUUGCUAAAUAUUUGAAAUAUUUUGUUGAUGUUACCGAAAUGCUAAGUGCAGAGAAAACACUAACAAUUCAUUUAGUUUUACCACUUAAACAACGUCUUAUAAAUAUAUCGAAACCAAAUCCUACUGAUUCAGAAUCAAUCAUAAAGUUUAAAAAAUAUUUUGAAAAUAAAAUUCCAUCAUACUGGGAAACCGAUGAUAUACAUUUUAUUGGUCCUCAGUCAGAUUUAUCAGUUAAUUCUAAAGCUCCAUCAGCACAAUCAACAGUAAUCUCAUCAACUGAUACAAACGAUCUUUUAUCUGAAUGUUAUGACCAAAUUUCUACAAUUCCAAAAGCAUCUGAUACUGAUGAUGAAUUAAAACGAUAUUUACAAUCUAUCGACAGUUUAAUUGAUAAUGAAGAUUUAUUUGAUUUUUGGAGAAGACAAAAAUUUGUAUAUCCAGUUCUUUAUUCAAUUGCACGUGAUAUACUUAUUGUUCCAGCUACUAAUACUGCAGCUGAACGUUUAUUUUCAGCUAGUGGUAAUACAGUAACUGAAACUCGAAAUCGUUUAUCAUCACAAAAACUUGAUAAAUUGAUGUUUAUUAAGAAGAACGUAGCAAUUUUAAAAAACAUUUUUGGUAAAACUGCAACGUCAAAUAAUCUUGAUUUUAGUGUUGAUUCAACUGCUCAAAAAGGUGAAAAACGUUUACAUGAACACUUACUCGAUGCUGAUAAUAACGAUAUUGAUAAUCUUAGUAAUUCUCGUGAUGAUGAAGAAUAG